UUUGAAAAAUUCAGAUACAUUAGAUUUUAUCAUCCAAGAAUUAUCUAUCGUCCUUAAAGCUAACGAAUUUGAUUUAGGGUAUUUGAAAAUUAGACAAUUGAAGAUACAUAUUACUUACAAUUCAGCUAUAUGGAAAUUUAGCAUUGAGGGAAAUGUCAACUCAAUGGCAGCAAAAAUAAUUUAUGACAAUGAAAAACGUCAAAUCCAUACGAUAUUAAUUCCCUUUCAGAAUAAAUCUCUCGGAGAAACUUUUGAAGUGCUAACAAAUGAAAAGAUUCCUGAUGAUGCAAUAUCCCAAUUAAACAUUAAUUCAGUCAACCUGGCAUUCAAUGUUGACGACAAAAUUAUUGAGAAAUUUUCAAUUGAAUUGGAAGGAACAUUAAAACUUGAAAAAAUAAAUCUUGAUAA